AUUAUAAACAUUAUAAGAUAAACACCGACGAUUUCGCAUACCUAAGUGUAAAAGCCGCUGAGUCAGUAAAACAACCGUGUCGCCGUAACCGCAACAGUGGAUGCAAAUACUGCAACAACGGAGUGCAGAGGUUUAAAAAUAAGUUUUAGAGUACGCAAAUAUAUUACAAAAAUAAUUCAUUGUAGUGAACGUGAGGUCACAGCUGUGAAAGAUACUCCUAAUGGUUUACCAUUCCUGAAAGCCAAACUAUCUUAUGCCACCAUACUCUGCUACAUGUAAUUUCAUUAUCAUAUCUCACCUUUUAAUUCGCAGGUGAUCUUUGUUAAACAUUAUAUCCUGACCUUUUUUGAUCCUAGAUAAAAAGAAUUAAAAAUAAAUGUAUACUAUAUUUCGUAUAUUGUAAGAAGAAAAUAAAAAAAAUAUCUACUACUUAAGUGAAUUGAUGUUAAGUCGGUCACUGACAUUAAAAAGAAUGAAGAUUCAGAACGCGAGACUAAAAAGAGGCAUUGAAAAUAGAGCGCAUUCGUCCCAAUUAUGCAAUCAUUUCUAUUCAGUGUUUUAAAAGUAUUUUUUUAUAGGAAUACUGAAUAGGAACAACAUGUAUUUGAUCCAAAAUCUUUUUGAAGAAGCGGAGUUGAGAAAAGGAAAUUGGAGAGAAGAGAACGGAGUGCUGAGAAACCUCAUGUGUCCUUAUGUGAAAGAACUACAUGAUAGAUAGCUUACUGGCAAUCGUUUUAAAUUUAGUACGUAAAACAUUAAUAGAAUUAACAGAAUAAAUAAAUAAUCAACAGAAAUAACAUCUAUCACAUUUUACGCAAGAACCUUACCAGUUAAGUAAAUAUCAGAACAGAAAUAGUAUUUAACCUCGUUGUUAAACUAAAAAUAUCUUAUAUUACAUACUGCAAUUUUCUUUGUGGACGUCAAUUGUAUGGUUCUGUUAAAAUGGGGUUAUUUUUUGCACUUGUUAUUUGUUUUGUUCUCGAUUUGUCGGUCGUUAGAAGUGCACGAAUACUAGCAGUAUUCCCGAGCCUGUUUUACAGUCAUCAUCUAUUUUAUCGUAAUUAUAUUGACGCGUUUCUGGAUGAAGGACACGAAAUAGUUCUUGUUACUCCAUGUAGUACGUACUCUAAAGGAGAGAUACCAAGAAAUCUUACACUGAUCGAUGUACGGAACGUUUCUCUCAACCUAUGGACCGAAGGAUCGGCAAAGAUUAUAGCGGAAAGCCAGAACAAUGUUCAAAUGUCACAGGGAAUAUUCGAAUUGAUUGUGCAAAUUAUCGGGAAACAACUCCAAACAGAUGAAAUUAAAAAUCUUAUUGGUGAUAAAAAUAAAACAUUUGAUUUGUUGCUAACAGAAGCAUUUAUAAAAACAACCUUAAUAAUCUCCCAUUACUUCAAGAUACCUGUAUUAGAAAUCAGUAGUCUUGGACAAUUAUAUGGAGAUUUCGAAAAUAUUGGAGCACCUGUACAACCUCUAUUGUAUCCACGGCCUCAGCGAAAAAGAAUUUACAACCUCACAAUUAUUGAAGAAAUAUCCGAAUUAUACAAAGACUUUCAGAUUUCUAACUUACAUCUUGAAAAACUGGCUGGAAACUCAAAUGAAGUAUUAAAAAACACUCCGUUCGGUUCAACGCCCAGUAUUAAUAUUUUGCAGAACAAUGUGCAUAUGUUGUUUUUGAAUUCGCAUCCUGUCUGGGAAACCAACCGUCCAGUACCACUUUCUGUGCUCUAUGCUUUUGGAGUACAUCAAAAACCGUACUCGAAAUUGCCCCAAGAUCUUUUAACGUAUUUGGAAUCUUCGGUCAACGGCGUGGUUUACGUAGCAUUUGGCACAACGGCGAAUAUAUGUCAAUACUCAGCAAAAAUGCAAGUACUUCUCAACGCGUUCUCGCAGCUGCCGUAUGAUUUCCUUUUAAAGUGGCCCGAAGAUGAGCUGCCAGGGAAACCGGAGAAUGUCAAAAUAGCUAAAUGGUUUCCACAGGCCGAUCUUUUGAAGCAUCCCAAGAUCAAGGCGUUUAUAACCCAAGGAGGCUUGCAAUCGACGGAUGAAGCUAUACAAGCCGGUGUACCGCUGAUAGGGAUCCCUUUGAUAUGGGACCAGUGGGGUAAUGCUGAAGGAUAUGUUCGUCACGGAAUUGGUGUAAAACUAGAGAUGGAACACAUAACAGAGGAGCAGCUAAUAGAAGCGGUGAACGCUGUUGUGACAGAUGACAGCUACCGGCGCAACACAGCGAGGCUGCGCGCGCUGCUGCGGGACGCGCCGCAGCGGCCGCUGGAGCGCGCCCUCUGGUGGACGCGCUACUUGCUGCGACACGGCGGAGCGAGCCACCUGCGCGCGCCCGCCGCCAACAUGUCCUACGCGGAGUACUUCGAACUCGAACUGUGUUUGAUAUUAUUCUCUGUUUUAUUUAUUUGUAGCAUUCUAUUAUACUGCUGUUUACGUUUUGUUUUUGAGAAGUAUGUAAUAUUGUUAUAUAAGCAGUGCUUUGUAGGCCUGAAAAGUAAAUUCAUGAAUGUAAAAUAUAGAUAUAUUUACUUUUUUCCAAAGGUUUUUGAGACGGGUUGUCUGAGAAAACCGGCAAAUUAGCCGAGAAUGAAGUAAACAAUACAAACUAUUAUUAUGUAUGUUAUAUUUUAUUUUUGUGUUAUUGAACCUGAUUAAAUAAAUAAAUAAAUA